AUGGAUUGCAGAAAUCUUUAGAUAGCUUAGUAAUACAUUCAUACUGUGAAAAAUGGAAACUUAAAGUCAAUGUCGAAAAAACAAAAAUCAUGAUAUUCAAAAAAGGAAGACUUGAAAAGGAUCAGUCAUGUCAGCCUUGUUUUGGCAUACGUUCUGCGGCCAUGGAGAGAAUUUUACCACUUGGAAAAAUGGGGACUUUGGUCACUGCUUUGAACAAAUAGUUGUGAUAUGUCCAAGCUACGUUAUUCUAGCAAUAUUUAGUGCGUAUUACAUUGCAGCAGCUAAACAUAAUUCACGCGGAGCUUUUUUGCCUUUACCAUGGUAUGUGAAAUAUCGCUUUUUGUGUACAUUAUUAUUGUGUGUACUGGCUGUGGUGCAGGUUGUAUUGACAAGAAUUUUAAACCAAAAAAAAGUGAGCUAUGCUGACAUUGUAACAUCAUGCAUAUUAUCCUGUUCUUGGUUAGUACAUAGCAUUUACCUCUAUAGACUGAAAUAUUUAUUCUGGAGCUCAUGGCGUGGAGCCACUCCUAUGGUUUUGAUUUAUCUGUUGUCUCUUAUAUCAUUAGCUGCCCAACUUCAUACAAAUAUAGUGCAAAGGUUGAACAGUUCACCAAGUCAUAAUAGUGUAGAAGAAUUCUCAGUUUAUGUUUCUGCAUUUUUGCAAGUUUCGUACGUAUUUACGCUCCUGCCUGGAGGAGAGCGUGUUACACUCGUAGAUGAUGACGUUUAUUACAGAGCUAUUAAUGAGAAUGUGGAUGAAAGUAGUUCCUUACUUGAAGGUGCAAGAAGUACAUACAGAAGCAUAUCCCAGCGACCAGAGACUGCCAUCACAGCAGAAUAUGACGUAAAUUGUGUCUCACGGUUAACUUUCCACUGGGUACGACAACUUCUUGUGAAAGGAGCCAAGAAAUCUAUUAAAAGCGCUAAUGAUCUGUUUCUAUUACCUGUGCGAUUGAGUACAUUGAAUCUUUACGUGAAGUUUACGCAUAUAUUGACUGGAAAACUUGAUAACAGAUUUCAAAGGAGGGAAAGUUAUUCUUCUCGGUCAAGUGUAAGUUCUAGUAUAAAUAGCAUUCCUGAUGUUCAGUUCUCAAAUACAGAUACGAGACAUAUGUUUUUGGAUGAUACGGAAUCAGAACCCAUAAGCCUUCUGAAAGCACUGAACAAAGCUUUCGGUGCUGAAUAUUAUUUACUGGGUGUUUUAAAACUUCUUGCGGAUUGCUUUGGAUUUGCAGGACCAAUUUUGUUAAAUUUGUUAGUUUCUUAUAUUGAAACGAAGUCGGAGAAGGAAGAAAAUGGUUAUUUAUUUGCUACUGGUUUAUUUCUAUCAACUUUACUGGGAGCUUUUUGUUCAACACAAUUUGAUUACAACUGUAAUGUUGUAGGACUGAAGAUCAGAACAGCCAUUAUUACAACUAUAUAUAGAAAAUCAUUAUCAGUGAGUAAUGUUAGUGUAGGAAAAUUUACCAGUGGACAGAUUAUAAACUUUAUGAGCACAGAUACUGACAGGAUUGUGAACUUUUGUCCCAGUUUUCAUGCUGUGUGGAGUCUACCAUUCCAGAUUGGUGUCUCAUUGUACCUUCUUCACCAGCAGGUUGGGCUUGCAUUUUUAGCUGGUUUAGGAUUUGCUUUGAUCUUGAUUCCAAUAAACAGAUGGCUGGCAAAGAAGAUAGGUCAGCUUAGUACAGCCAUGAUGGAACAGAAAGACAACAGGGUUAAGGUUAUGAAUGAGGUGUUGUUUGGUAUGAGAGUUGUCAAGUUUUAUGCCUGGGAAGAUCACUUUGAGUCAAAGAUUAAUACCCUGAGAGAUGCUGAAUUAAAAAGUUUAAAGGGACGGAAGUACCUUGAUGCCAUGUGUGUGUAUUUUUGGGCUACAACUCCUGUCUUGAUCUCUAUUCUCACAUUUACUACAUAUUCAUUGAUGGGCAACCAGCUGACAGCAGCAAAGGUGUUCACCAGCCUGUCCUUGUUCCUGAUGUUGAUAAGUCCAUUGAAUGCUUUCCCCUGGGUGUUAAAUGGUUUAGUGGAGUCAUGGGUCUCAUUGAAGAGGGUACAAGCUUUUAUUGCACUGAAAGAUUUUGACUUGGAGCAGUAUUACUCUUCUAAUGCAGUGUUACCUAGUGACUCUGCAUUACAUAUCAGAGAUGCUGAGUUUUCCUGGAAGGAUACAGAUACCAUUUCCCAGCCAAAGAAGAGGAAAUUGAGCCAGGAACCUGGCAGGACAAGAUCAUCAAGCCAGAAAUCAGAUGGCACUGGUACCCUUAGCAGAAAAAGAGCACCAAGCCAGGAACCACUCGUAAAUGAUACACAUGGUGAACAUAAGAAUCAGAGGCCAAGUGUAAAUGAGAGUGGGGAUAGAGUAUCCAGUGAAGAGCAAGACAAUGUUGCAGUAUCAAAAGUACAAGGAACCACCCUCAGUCUGGUUGAUAUCUGUAUGCAUGUUACAAAAGGCCAGUUUGUUGGAGUCAUUGGUAAAGUUGGUUCUGGGAAAAGCUCUUUACUCAGUUGCAUAUUAGGUGAGAUGCAUCGGGUCAGAGGUCAUAUAAGAGUUAAUGACCUUGAACUUGGUUUUGCCGUGGCAACACAGGAACCAUGGAUACAGCAUGCUACUAUAAAAGACAAUAUCCUGUUUGGAAGACAGUUUAACAGUAGGAAAUAUGAAAGAGUAAUAGAUGCUUGUGCCUUGAUGGAAGAUCUAAAGACAUUGCCAGCCGGUGACCUUACAGAGGUUGGAGAGAAUGGAGUGACACUGAGUGGAGGACAAAAAGCUAGAGUUGCCUUAGCAAGAGCAGUGUAUCAGAACAAAGAUGUUUUUCUUCUGGAUGAUCCAUUAUCAGCAGUUGAUGCUCAUGUGGCGCAACAUUUGUACCAGAAAUGCAUCAUGGGAUUGUUGUGGGGAAAGACGCGCAUUCUUUGUACACAUCAUACAAAGUAUCUUGUAAAUGCUGACCAGAUUAUACUGAUGAAAGACGGAAAGAUUGUUAAAACAGGAUUGCCUUCAGAAAUUCUAGAUACAGUAGAACUUACUUCUCUUGGCACUAUAGAGGAACAGGAUUGUAAGUCACAAGACCAGGAAUCACCGUUGGCAACUGAUGCUGGUACCCUUGUUGAGGAGGAGGAAAAAGAGACUGGUGUAGUAAAGCUAGGAAUCUAUAAGUCUUACUGGAAGGCUGUUGGUGGCUGUCUGGCUCCCAGUGUUCUCACGGCUCUCUUUUUCAUGCAAGCGUCGAGAAACAUCAAUGACUGGUGGUUAUCGUACUGGGUAUCACACUCCGAGAAACCUGGCCAACUUGUAUCUAACCAUUCCAAGAGUGCAUUCCUAAUGUAUGAAGACCAUUUUGAAAACCAACAUUCUUACAUAUCAAGCAGUGUUCACAAUAUGACAACUGCUAGGGAUAACAUAAUGUACUACUUGACAAUAUACGGGUGUCUGGCUGGUGCAAACUCUAUCUUCACAUUGUUCCGGGCUUUCCUGUUUGCCUAUGGUGGAAUAUGUGCAGCCCAGACAAUACAUAGGAAAUUACUGAGCAAUAUACUAAAGGCUCCGGUAUCAUUCUUUGACGUAACACCAAUUGGUCGCAUUGUGAACAGAUUUUCAUCAGAUGUGUUCUCUAUUGACGACUCACUGCCGUUUAUCAUGAACAUAUUUCUUGCUCAAAUCUAUGGCAUUCUUGGGACCAUUGUGAUAACUUGCUAUGGUUUACCCUGGUUUGCUGUCCUUCUACUACCUUUAGGAUUGUUGUAUUAUAAGAUACAGAAUUACUACAGACAUACAUCCCGGGAAAUUAAAAGAAUCUCAAGUGUGACGCUAUCUCCUAUAUAUGCUCACUUUUCAGAGACUAUUUCUGGCAUGACAACUAUCAGAGCUAUGAGAGAACAAGACAGGUUUCAAAAAGAAAACCUCGAUAAGCUGGAUAUAAACCAGAGAGCCCAGUUUUCUGCCCAGGCUGUUGCUAGCUGGUUGUCAUUCCAUCUUCAGAUGUUAGGUGUUGCCAUGGUUACAGGGAUAGCUUUUAUUGCAGUUCUAGAACAUCAUUUCCAGUCGGUUAAUCCAGGUCUGGUUGGCCUAGCAAUUUCCUAUGCCUUGUCUGUAACCAACCUGCUGAGUGGUGUGGUGACCUCCUUUGCUGAGACAGAGAAACAGAUGGUCAGUGUAGAGAGAGCACAACAAUAUAUAGAUGAUGUACCUAAUGAAAGACUAGAUGGUUCUCUACUGCCACCACCAUAUUGGCCUCUGCAGGGAUCAAUUGUUUUUCGUCAUGUGAGAUUAAAGUACAGAAGUAAUCUCACUGAUGCUCUCAACAAAGUCUCAUUUGAGGUGGAGCCGGCAGAGAAAGUGGGAAUCGUUGGGCGAACUGGUUCAGGGAAAUCCAGUUUAUUUCUGGCUCUGUUCAGAAUGGUUGAAAUCUAUAAAGGAAAUAUUUUUGUAGAUGGGAUAGAUUUAAUCCACUUGGACUUGAAAGAUAUAAGGUCCAGAAUAGCAAUCAUUCCACAAGAUCCAUUCCUGUUUAGUGGUACAGUUAGAGAAAAUCUUGACCCAACACAUGCUUACACAGACAGUGAAUUAUGGUCGGUACUUGAGAAGUGCCACUUGAAAGAUGUUGUACAGAGACUCGAAGGUCUCCAUGGUGAUGUUGCAGAGAGAGGUCGUCAUUUCUCAGUUGGACAGAGGCAGUUAGUGUGCCUGGCCAGAGCUUUGUUAACAAGAGCAAAGAUAUUGUGUAUAGAUGAAGCGACAGCGAGUGUGGACAUGGAAACAGAUAUGCUCAUACAGCAGACGAUUCAUUCAGAGUUUGUUGAUAGUACAGUUCUUACAAUAGCACACAGAAUAAACACGAUAAUGGACAGCGAUAGAGUCCUUGUGAUGAGUGAGGGGAAGGUGGCAGAAUUCGCCGCACCUGGACGUUUGCUGCAGAGUCACGACUCGCUAUUCUAUAAAUUAGUUCACGGACAGAGUAUUUGAUCAUAAUGCCCUUAUAAUAAUAAAAAAAAAACAGAAAAAAAGGAUUGAAUACGUAUAACCAAAUGCUAGGCUAUUCUGUCCAGUGAUGUAAGCAGAAUUUUCUAUUCGUUGCAUACUGCACACGUCGAGUACAAUGUCUUAAAGUGAUGUUUGUUGAAGGAAAGGCUUAACCCAUAAUCUUAAGUGUUGAAAACAUUUAUUUUUAGGAAUAAAUGUUUUUUUUGUGUGUGUGACAAGUGCUACUUUGCGCCAAUAAUGCUUUUUAAAGAAAAUAUUGUCAAUAGUUUGAAAGAGUCAAUAGUUGUAAAAGAGUCGAUAGUUGUAAAACAUUGAUAGUCCUUGAAAUUUUAUUAUCUCUUGUGUUUUUAAAAUCGCCGCUGUAUCAGUAAUGGUAAUUCUCUGUAUUAAGUCAGAUUAUGUUUUCUGUAAUUUUGUCCAUUUGCAUUUAUAAGGCACAAAGCCAUUAGGUUGCUCCAGAUUUCUUUGUUGUUAUUAUUUUUUGUCUUCAUUCAAACACAAUGUUUUGUAUUAGCCUUCUUGUUGAAGUCAUGUAUAUGUUUUGUUAAUUACUUUUAUUGUUUAAUAUAUUUCUUAUUUUUUAACCUUUUUUCUCUGUGAUAAUAGCUUGGGUUGUGCAAUAAAAUGACUCUUGCAGAAG